CUCCUUUCACAGAACGCCGAUCCAGAUAUACGCCGAGGAUAUGGCACCAAAACAGCCUAACACAGGCCUCUUUGUUGGAUUGAACAAAGGGCAUGUUGUCACCAAGAAGGAGUUAGCUCCUCCCCCAUCUGAUAGAAAAGGCAAAACAAGCAAAAGGUCUCACUUGGUGAGGAAUUUAAUCCGUGAGGUAGCUGGAUUUGCGCCAUAUGAGAAGAGGAUUACUGAGUUGUUGAAAGUUGGAAAAGACAAAUGUGCCCUUAAGGUAGCCAAGAGAAAGUUGGGUACCCACAAGAGAGCAAAGAAGAAGAGAGAGGAGAUGUCAAGUGUUCUUCGCAAGAUGAGGUCUGGUGGAGGUGCAGAGAAGAAGAAGUGAGGACUUUUUCAGGAUUUAGUUUUCUUUGCAUAAUUUUUUUAAGCUUUUAGUAGUUAAGUAAAACUUUUGUCUUCCCU